UUUUAUAUAGAAGUCAAUAGGUAUAAAUACAUGGGGCCCACAAAUUUCCAAAUCCAUCAUCAGUUUACAUAAAGAAGAGGACCCCCUCCUUAACUCCACAUUUGACCGUCUACCCCCCUACCUCUCUCUUCUCAUACUCUCUCUUCAUGUAUCAUUGAGCAACCCAUCUGAGCUAAAACCAGAAAUCUCCAACCAUUUUUCAGCUCAAAAACCACUCUCACAUCUCUCUCUCUCUCUCUCUCUCCAAUGGCCAAAACCAAAACCCCAGCAAAACCCAUCAAGAAAAACCAGCCCCACAAUGCCCCAAAAUCACAGAAACCACCAUCUUGGUCAGUUGUGAGAAGCCUCCUCACCUGCAAACACCUCCAGACCCAACCACAGGAAAAAGAAAAGCAAGAAAAACAACAGAAGCAGCAGAAACAAGAACGACCCACAGAGGAAAGCAGCAAGAAAUGCAAGAAAAUGAAGUGUUCAGGCUCACUCUGCAGCAACACAAAGGUGAUGCACAGGCCUGAACCACCAUCAUCAUCAACCUCAGAAGACAACAACAAAAACAGAGCAUCAAUGGGUGGUUCAAAUUCAAUUAACAACCAUACUGGUUCUUCUAGCAGAUCCAUGAAAGCUCCUCUGAGUGAACUAAAUGGGGCUUCAUUUUCAGCGUCUUCUAACUCUUCUUCUUCUGCUUCCACUGUUGUUGGGUCAUUUAGAGGCAUUCCUUUUAGGAGACUCUCUGGUUGCUAUGAAUGUAGAAUGGUGGUUGACCCUGUUCUUGGGUUCACUAGAGACCCUUCUCUCAGAGCCUCUAUUUGUUCUUGUCCUGACUGUGGUGAGAUCUUCAUGAAACCUGAGAGUUUGGAGCUUCAUCAGGGUGUUAGACAUGCAGUGUCCGAAUUGGGUCCAGAAGACACAAGCAAGAACAUAGUAGAGAUCAUAUUCCAAUCAAGCUGGCUCCGAAAACAAUCCUCCUCCUCAUCAUCCCCAAUCUGCAAAAUCGAUCGAAUUCUCAAAGUCCGAAACACCCCCAAAACCCUAUCGAACUUCCAACAAUACAGAGACACCAUCAAAUCAAAAUCCACCAAGCUCCCCAAAAAGCACCCGUGCUGCAUCGCCGACGGCAACGAGCUCCUCCGCUUCCACUCCACCACCUUCGUCUGCUCUCUCGGUCUCAACUCCUCUUCCAAUCUCUGCAAUUCCAUCCCCAAUUGCAGUGUCUGCAGCAUCAUCAAAAAUGGGUUCAAGCUUCCCAAUGACGCCGGAAAAGGGAUUCUCACGACGGCCACGAGCGGGAAGGCGCAUGAUAGUGCGGCGGCGGCGGAGGAGGACGGUGGUGGUGAUAGGAGGGCGAUGUUGGUUUGCAGGGUGAUUGCGGGAACAGUGAGGAAGAAUGGAGAGGGUGGUGGUGGUGAUGGGGAGGUGGUGGAGGAGUAUGAUUCGGUGGCUGGAGCUGCCGGAGUUUAUUCCAAUUUGGAUGAGUUGUAUGUGUUUAAUCCUAGGGCUAUAUUGCCUUGUUUUGUUGUUAUAUAUCGGGGAUUUUAAUUGAACACCUUUAAAUUGUUAAAAUAAAAAAAAGGAGUUUAAUUCCCAAAUCCAAAAAAAAAAU